AUAUAAAUCGAACUUAAUGUCGGCUAAGAAGAUGGCAAGUGACAAGUGAUUUUUGGAGCAAGUAGGGUUAAGUCGUGCCGACAUUAUUUCUUUUACUAAAUAAAGAUAAUAUUCAAUAUCUAUCUGCAAAAUAUUUGUUCCUCUGCUCAAUCAUGACUCUCACAAAUAAGAUGGAUAUCGACGAGAAGAAUGCUAAAGGUGAAGGCUUUAAACCAUAUUACAUUACAAAGAUUGAGGAAUUACAAUUAAUUGUUGCUGAGAAAAGUCAAAAUUUAAGAAGAUUGCAAGCACAACGUAAUGAACUCAACGCAAAAGUGCGCAUGCUACGGGAAGAAUUACAACUCCUACAAGAACAGGGUUCCUAUGUAGGAGAAGUAGUUAAACCUAUGGAUAAGAAGAAAGUCUUAGUCAAAGUACAUCCAGAAGGCAAAUUUGUAGUGGAUAUAGACAAGAACAUCGACAUCAAUGAUGUGACUCCAAACUCGCGUGUUGCUCUGCGUAAUGAAAGUUAUACUCUGCAUAAAAUACUACCGAAUAAAGUCGAUCCGCUCGUCUCUCUUAUGAUGGUAGAGAAAGUGCCGGAUUCUACAUAUGAAAUGGUUGGAGGUUUAGAUAAACAAAUAAAGGAGAUUAAAGAGGUUAUAGAAUUGCCUGUCAAACAUCCAGAAUUAUUUGAUGCUCUUGGAAUUGCGCAGCCUAAAGGUGUACUGCUAUAUGGACCACCAGGUACCGGCAAGACUUUACUUGCAAGAGCAGUCGCGCAUCAUACCGAGUGCACUUUCAUUCGUGUAUCUGGAUCUGAAUUAGUUCAAAAGUUUAUUGGAGAAGGUUCGCGUAUGGUUCGUGAGCUUUUUGUCAUGGCAAGAGAACAUGCACCGUCUAUAAUAUUCAUGGAUGAAAUCGAUUCCAUUGGAAGUUCCCGGAUUGAAUCUGGAUCUGGUGGUGAUAGUGAAGUACAACGUACCAUGUUAGAAUUGCUUAAUCAAUUAGAUGGUUUUGAAGCAACGAAAAACAUAAAGGUUAUUAUGGCUACAAACAGAAUUGAUAUCUUAGAUCCAGCAUUAUUGCGACCCGGACGUAUCGAUCGUAAGAUAGAAUUUCCACCUCCAAAUGAAGAGGCUAGAUUGGACAUCUUAAAGAUUCAUUCUAGAAAAAUGAAUUUGACACGUGGUAUAAAUCUCAGAAAAAUAGCUGAACUUAUGCCAGGUGCAUCAGGAGCAGAAGUCAAGGGUGUUUGCACGGAAGCUGGAAUGUAUGCUCUUAGAGAACGUCGAGUUCACGUAACUCAAGAAGAUUUUGAGAUGGCUGUAGCGAAGGUGAUGCAAAAGGAUUCAGAGAAGAAUAUGUCGAUCAAGAAAUUAUGGAAAUAA